AGCACAAUUCGACAGAACACCGGACACGGAAACUUGUUCACAGUGUUGUGAACAGGCUUCGCAGCAUGAGAUCUGAGAAUGAUUAUUCUAUAUUUUUUCCUUAUUGUGUUUUGUUUAAUACAUUGCGAGCACUCACAGAAAGAUGAGGUCAUCUGUGGACUUGCAUCUUCAUGGUUGGAGUCCGUGGUCUUGUCAGUGAACAUUGACAAAAAAGGAUUCCACAGGGAGCUGUUGUAUGAGGUUAAGCACGACCCUACACCCCAUGUUAUAAAGACUUUACUGAUUCAGAGAUUGCCCAGUGGAGUUUACAUGGACCAAUAUCAGCUUGCAUCUUUAAAGGAGGACACAGGAUUAGAGGUGCUUCUGGACUCCUCUGUUAAUCUUGAAGAUCCAGCCUAUGUCUCCCCUGGUUUCUCUGCAUUGGUUUAUCUCAGGCCAGCUGAAAGAGUUCUACAGGCUGCAGUUCCCAUCCACGGACGAUACCACAGGCCAUCCAAUUCAGGUGGUUGGGAAAAAGUUACCAUUGAGGGGCCAAAACUGUUGCUUCGUCCUGAAAAGUAUGAAACAAAAACACUACCCACCGAUCUUCCUCACAGGGUUGUUAAAGCCCCCUGCACUGUCCGUAACCAGAGUCUGUGCUCCUGGCUGGAGAUCCAGACAUCACUGGUAUCAGACUCAGUGAGUCUAAAGCUUCCAGUGGGGAAUUUGUCUUUGGCUGGUCCAGUCUGUGCAGGGACAGUUCUGGCAACCCUGUUGUGUUGUGCUCUUCUUUUCAGAUCUGUCUGGAAGCAUGGCAUCUUCUAAAAUUUGAGUAAAAAUAUGAAUAUGUGGGGAGAAAAAGGUUUUCAGGGAACGAUUUGCUGAUUAUGUUAAUUUACAGGUUUUCCCUUUAUUUCCAAUUCAGUCAAGAAACCAAUGCAUGUUUAGUGUCUGAAGGUCAGUUCUUCAGGUUUGCAUUGAAUUUGGAGGUUGAUGUAGCUAACAAGAAAUGAAAGUCUUUGUCUGCUAAACAUUUUUGAAAGCCAUUGUCCAAACUAUAUCUAAACAAAAAACUAGAAAAAAGUCAUGGCCCUUUGCCUGUUUUGGGUGGAGGCUAAGUUUGAUGUAUUAUUCCUUAUUGUGGGUAUCAGUAUUGGACAUGACCAAUGCUCAUAUUUAUAGUGUUAUUACAUCACAUGUAGAAUAUUGUAUUCCUUUUGUAUUGUUUUAUAGCAUUACAUUUUUUAACAUGUAUAUUUUUUCUAAUAUAAUUGCUUGACUAUGCAAACUAAAAGUC